CGAAAGGUCAAUCAUCGCAGCAGCAGGUGCGGACAACUACUGUUAAGGUUACGUCUUUGAAUUGCCAAUUGUGUUAAAAUGACAUCAGUACGAAUCUUAGGGAGUAGACUUCAUCAUUGUUUGCGUCACCUGAGCGCAGUAGGGGCAAAUCAGUUUCAGAAAACAGCCGUUCGAGCUUCGUCACACUGGCCCAUUGACGAUUCCCUGUACGGUUUGACAGACGAGCAGCGUAGUUUGAGGGAAUCUGUGUUCAACUUUGUACAGAAAGAGUUGGCACCAAAAGCUGGACAAAUCGACAAAGACAACGAUUUCAAAGACUUGAAAUCUUUCUGGAAACAAUGCGGAGACAUGGGUCUUUUGGGUAUCACUGCACCUGCAGAAUACGGUGGUACAGAAGGGACAUACUUGGAUCACGUUUUGGUUAUGGAAGAAAUGACCCGUGCUUGUCCUGCAGUAGCUUUAAGCUAUGGGGCGCACUCGAAUUUGUGCGUCAAUCAGAUUUGCAAGAACGGCACAGAAGAACAAAAGAAAAAAUAUCUCCCAAAGCUGGUCAGCGGUGAGUUUGUAGGAGCUUUGGCAAUGAGCGAGCCAGGAAGUGGAUCAGACGUAGUUUCGAUGAAAACUAAAGCAGAGAAACAAGGAGACCACUACAUCAUUAACGGAAACAAAUUUUGGAUAACAAAUGGCCCCGAUGCAGAUGUUUUGAUAGUUUAUGCGAGAACAGAACCAAAUGCUGACAAACCACAGCACGGCAUCAGCACAUUUCUCGUUGAAAAGGGAAUGCCCGGUUUUUCAACAGCCCCAAAGCUGGACAAAUUGGGCAUGAGGGGAUCAAAUACUUGUGAACUGAUAUUUGAAAAUUGUAAAAUUCCAGCCGAGAAUAUGCUUGGUGGCAUGAACAAAGGGGUUUAUGUUUUAAUGAGCGGAUUGGAUAUAGAAAGACUAGUUUUGGCCGCUGGACCGAUUGGUAUCAUGCAAGCUUGCUGUGAUGUCGCAUUUGAAUAUGCUCACUUAAGAGAAACUUUCGGACAAAAGAUCGGCCAUUAUCAAAUGAUUCAGGCCAAGAUGGCUGACAUGUACACUAUCCUGAAUGUAUCAAGGUCGUAUGUGUACAAUGUUGCACGCGCCUUGGACAACGGUCAGCGACAGCCACGGGAUUGUGCAGGCGCUAUUCUAUACACAGCUGAAGCUGCCACAAAAAUGGCUCUGGAAACUGUUCAGAUUUUGGGUGGUAAUGGAUACAUUAAUGACUAUCCUGCAGGGAGACUACUCCGUGAUGCCAAACUCUAUGAAAUCGGAGCCGGGACAAGCGAAGUGCGCAGACUUGUCAUCGCGAGAUCAAUUAAUGGAUUCUAUAAAUAAGCUUGACCUCAUGUGAUCUUAUUCAUCUUCAGCGUGAUCAUGUAUAAAUUUGCUGUGAAUUGAACAGUUAGUAAGAAAAUAAGUUAAAUUUGAUGGUACUAUAGGCCAGAUAACAGUUUCAAGUGUACACAUUUGAAACUUUGUUCUAGCCCAUGAAAAAUUUCUGACCUGACAUCACAUAAUUUCCGUGAAAUUUGCUGAAGUUUGUGACUGCUAAGGGUUACAAUAUUUUAACAUAAGGAAACUUGCAGCUGUGAGAUUGGUUGGCCAUGAUGCCUUUGUGACCAUGAUGCCACUGACUAAGUUCUCAGAUGUUCAUUCUGAACAGGAGAUUUUUCAAUGAAUUGAUGUCAUCAAAGUGUGAAAGCUGUACACAACAAAAACGGCUUUCCCAUGAUAUUAAAGUAAUUAUGAAUUCA